CACGUGGUAGAGACAAAUAAUUAUAACUAAAUCAGUAUGUCAACAGGUUGAUAAUUUAAAAAGAUAACAAAACAAAUUAAAACCCCGGCACUAAGUAAAAUUACAUCGGCCUGUUAUUUGUGUACAUCAGCCCGCAAUAAUCUCAAUGAUAAAUAAUUCUUUAUUAUAGGAUUUUUUUUUAGUUGAAUAUGAAGAUUUAUCAUCAUUUAAAUCAUUAAUAGAAUCAUCUACGCAUGUUAAUUUAAAUGAAGUAGUACCGGUUCAAUCGCAAAUGCUGUGGUUUCGUGAUACGCUGCUACGCAAAAAUACACAGGGACCAUUGGGGGCAUUUAAAAAAGCUGAAACUUUACCAUUGGCAGUAGAAAUAAGAAAAUAUCCAAAUAAAUUAAUAACAAAUGAUUAUAUAAAAAAAUUAAUUAGUAGUAAAGAAACAGUCUCUGAACAAAUGGAAAUAAUUUACAAAGAAAGUAAAUUACAAGACAUUGAUUUGAGGCUGCGAUUUUUCAUAGCCAAUCAAAUGGAAUUAAGUUUAUCUGGUAUGUUUCCAAAUGUCACAGCCUUACCGUUCGGCUCGACUGUCAACGGGUCCGGUAAAUGCGACUCGGAUCUUGAUUUAGUUAUCAAUUUACAAACAAAACCGGAGUCUAAAUCAAGUCGCCUUGUAUUUCAAACAAAAGCAGCGGCAUCCGAUGCACAGACGAACGCAGGCCGUCUAUUAGAACCAAUAUCUGGAUUGAUGCGUAAUUAUUUACCGGGUAUCCGAAAUAUUGAAAAAAUACUUCACGCGCGAGUACCAAUCGUCAAGUAUCACCAUCUCUACACCAACAUCGAGUGUGAUUUAAGCGUGAGCAAUAUGACUGCCGUCUAUAUGUCCGAGUUGUUGUAUCUGUACAGUGAAUUCAACCCGAAAGUAAGUCCGCUUGUUUACACAGUCAGACAGUGGGCGUCAUUUGUCGGUCUCACGAAUUCAAAAGUACCCGGGCCCUGGAUCUCAAACUUUUCACUUACCCUACUCGUACUAUUUUACUUACAACAAAAAGUAAUCUUAUCCCCAAUCAAUGAUCCUCUCGAAAACCAGCGGUAUCUGAUGUACACAAAUCGCAAGCAUUAGAAUCAAUACCUCAAU